AUGGCACUUGCUGUGGAGAAGAUUCCCGCCAUGGAACACCUCCUGGGGCUGAAGAGGUUCUAUUUGCCGCCCAUUCGCUGCUCCAUCCCCUCCAGCGCCUGGCAUCCCGACCACAAGCUGGUUGCCAAGCUCGCGAACGAGUGGGCAUUCCCAUUCAUCAAUCCCAGCAUGAGCGAUGCCCAAAAGCUCUCCCUGGAGCGCAUGCGAAUCCCGCUCUACAUGAGCAUGCUCGUGCCGUGCGGAUCCACCGAGAGCGCCGUCCUCUGCGGCAAGUUCGCGUGGUUUGGAACCAUGCUGGAUGAUCUCCUCGAGGACGAGUCCCCCGGCGGCGCCCCCCGGGAGGAGUUCCUGGAGACUUUCCAGGGCAUCCUCCAUGGGACACACCCACAUCGCGAUCCAGUCCAUCCAUCGCUCGAGUUCUGCGCGGACCUCAUUCCGCGCCUGCGAUCAUCCAUGGCUCCCCGGGUGUACGCGCACUGGGUCGCGCAGAUGGAGGCCUACGCUGCCUCCAUGGACCGGAGCGUCCUUUCUCUAGCACAAUCGGCGUCGACGGUCGAGAGCUACUUGGCGCGCAGGAGGCUCGAUUGCUUCCUCCUCCCCUGCUUCCCAUUCAUCGAGAUGUCGCUGGAGAUUGCGCUCCCAGACAGCGAUUUGGAGUCGCGGGACUACCUGGCGCUCCAGAACGCCAUCAACGAUCACGUCCUCCUUGUCAACGACGUUAUCUCCUUCCCCGCGGAGCUGCGCGCCAAAAAGCCACUGAGAAGCAUCGCGUCCUUGCAGUUGCUCUUGGAUCCCAGCGUCAACACGUUCCAGGACUCGGUGGACAGGACCUGUGCAAUGAUCCAGGAGAAGGAACGCGAGGUGACGCAUUACUACGACGUUGUGAUGAGGAACGCUGUGGCUUCUGGCAAUGCCGAGCUUGUGAGCUACCUUCAGAUCCUCAAGAUGUGCGUUCCAAACAACCUCAAGUUCCACUUCAUUAGUUCUCGUUAUGGAGUGAAUGAUGCCGAGUCUGGAACGAGUGACGAUGAGCGUCCACGAGAAGACAUUCCGGCGCUGGAUGGCAUCGAAGGCCGCCCGCGCGCCGUGGAAGCAGCCGCAGCGGCCAUACAUCUGGACGAGGAGAUUGCCCAGGAAUGUGUUGGAGGCGAUGCCGGCGUCCUGGAUCUGUGCAUGGAUCCUCCGCCCGCGCUCCAGAUCCCGCUCCUGCCCGCAUUCGCGCACCACCUUCGCGAACGCGUUCUCCUGCUCGCGGAGGUCAAGGCUGUGCGACUGGAGCACCGCGCGCGCGAGCCGCCCCCAUUUGGAGAUUCGGGAGUUUCGUGCGGUUAG